GGGACUACAGCUCCCAGCGGUGUUUACGUUUCUCCGCUUGGCUCGGUUCGUGUCGACGUGUGUCAGGAGGGUGAUGCGGGAGCGCGGCGGAGGAACCGGAGGAAACCCGGGGCUCUGCAGGAUCUAGCAGCGGGUCAGCAUGUGGCUCAGGCCCGAGGAGGUGCUGCUGAAGAGCGCGCUGAAGCUCUGGGUCACCGAGAAGUCCAACCAGUACUUCCUGCUGCAGCGGCGGCGGGGCUAUGGGGAGGGCGGCGGAGGCAUCACUGGUCUGCUGGUGGGGACACUGGACACUGUGCUGGACUCCACAGCUAAAGUGGCUCCGUAUAGAAUCUUACACCAAACUCCUGAUUCACAGGUGUACUGGAGCAUCGCUUGCGGUGCGUCUCUAGAGGAGAUCUCACAGCACUGGGAAUGGCUGCAGGUGAACAUUAUGAGAACCCUCUCUGUGUUCGACUCUGGGGAUGACAUUACCAGCUUCGUUCAGGGCAAGAUUCGAGGUCUUAUAGCGGAGGAGAGUAAAUCAGGAGGUGGUGAUGAAGAUCCUGAGGGGUUCCGCGAGGCGGUGUUGAGGUUCGAGCGCCUGUUCGGGCUGCCGAAGCGAGAGAAGCUGGUGACAUAUUUCUCCUGCAGCUACUGGAGAGGAAGAGUUCCUAACCAGGGCUGGAUCUACCUCAGCACCAACUUCAUCUGCUUCUACUCUUACCUGCUGGGCAAUGAGGUAAAACUGGUGUUCUCGUGGGAUGAGGUGAGCCGGUUGGAGCGCACAUCCAGCGUGUUGCUGGCGGAGAGUAUCCGUGUGAGUGUGCGAGGAGAGGACCAUUUCUUCUCCAUGUUUCUGCGCCUCCAGCAGACCUUCCUGCUCAUGCAGCAGCUCGCAGACUACGCCAUCACACGGCUUUUCGACAAGGAGACCUUCAGCACAGACCACCCACUGUCUGACCCACUGCACAUCACUCAGAGGGCUCUGGAAGUACAUGCAAGGAACCAGGCAUUCCGAGCGUUUUUCCGCCUGCCUCAGGGGGAGAACCUGUGUGAAGUUUAUGAGAGUUUUCUCUGGGUUCCCUUCAGCCACUACAACACACUUGGCAAAGUCUGUGUGUCAGAACGAUACCUCUGCUUUGCCAGCCAGGAUGGCAGCCAGUGCCACCUCAUCAUUCCACUUCGGGAGGUGGUCAGUGUGGAGUUGCCAGACCGCAGUAGUCGUGCACUAAGUGUGGGAGUUCGAGGGAAAAGAGCUUUCCGGUUUUCAGAGGUGCGUGAUUUUGAGCGUAUGGCUGCGACCAUCCGCAGGAAGUGCUUCAACUCAUCAAGCCCUCAGCACUCGGCCAGCGCUCAGCUGCCUCUGUGUGAUGACGAGGAGGAUGUAAUGGUUGGUCAGACUCAGGCGGCCGUCAGCACUGAGGCUCUGAUGAAUGUUUUUCACCCACAUGACGCCGAAAACCUGGACCCCAAAAUGCUGAAGGAACGAAUGAAGGAGCAGUCAUGGCAGAUUCACUUUGCGGAGUACGGCCGGGGGAGCGGGAUGUUCUGCACCAAAAAAACACGAGCUCUUGUUGUACGGGGAGUUCCAGAGACACUUCGUGGAGAACUGUGGAUGCUCUUCUCAGGUGCAGUAAACGACAUGGCCACUCAUCCAGGUUACUACACGACACUUCUAGACGAGUGUAUGGGAAGCAGCUCCUUGGCUUGUGAUGAGAUCGAGCGAGAUUUGCACCGCUCUCUCCCGGAACACCCAGCAUUCCAAACUGACACAGGCAUAUCCGCCCUGCGCAGAGUGCUAACUGCUUAUGCCCACCGCAACCCCAAAAUAGGAUACUGCCAGGCGAUGAAUAUUCUGACCUCAGUGCUGCUGCUCUAUGCAAAAGAGGAGGAGGCAUUCUGGCUGUUGGUGGCGGUGUGUGAGAGGAUGCUGCCAGAUUAUUUUAAUCGCAGAAUUAUUGGUGCACUGGUUGACCAGGCUGUGUUUGAGGAACUAAUCCGUGACCACCUGACGGCACUGACCGAUCACAUGACUGAUCUGUCGUUCUUCUCCUCGGUCUCGUUGUCAUGGUUCCUGACUUUGUUCAUUAGUGUGCUGCCCAUCGAGAGUGCCGUCAACGUGGUGGACUGUUUCUUCUACGAUGGGAUUCGAGCCGUCCUGCAGCUCGCUUUGGCCGUCCUGCACUACAACAUGGACAGCCUGCUCUGCUGCAAUGAUGAUGCAGAGGCGGUCACCAUCCUCAACAGGUUUUUUGACAAUGUGACCAAUAAGGACAGUCCUCUCCCAGCCACUGUCCAGCAGGCUUCUGCAACAGCCAAUAACAAACCAGCUCAGAGCGUCGACAUCAGCGACCUUGUCAGAGAGGCCUACGAGAGAUUCGGGGAGAUUCGGUGGGAGGAGGUAGAGAACAUGAGGAAGAGAAAUAAACUUUACGUUAUUCAAACCCUUGAGGAGACCACCAAACAAAACGUUUUGCGAGUUGUUGCUCAAGAUGUAAAGUUCAGUGCCUCUCAGCUGGAAGAGCUCUAUUUACUUUUUAAGAGACAGCACUUCAUCAGCUGUUACUGGUCCGUGUGCAGUCCGGCUCUGCAGAAUCACGACCCUAGUCUCCCAUAUUUGGAUCAGUACCAGCUGGGUCAGUCUCAGUUCGCCGCUCUGUUCCACUUGCUGCUUCCCUGGACUCCGAACACUCACUCACACACACGCUCACACUCGCACACACACUCGCACUUACACUCACUGGCUCGCUCAGCGUUCCGUCUGGCUGAUGAGAAUGCAGAUGGACUGGUCAACUUCAAAGAGUUCAUCUGCACCCUUGACAUCCUGUACAAUGGCUCAUUUACAGAAAAGCUGAAGUUUCUCUUCAAACUUCAUCUGCAGCCAGCAGGUGGUCCGGUCUGUAAACCUUUUGGACCUUCUGCCUCUACUUUUCCAGCUGAAGAACUCUCUAUCUCUACUCGUUUUUCUGAGUGUACUGAUGAUGGUGUGAUCAAGAAAAGUCCAGAGAGAGGCCGGGGGAAGAUUGAUCUGCAGGAGUAUCUGAAACAGUGGCAGGACGAGUUACAGAAGAAGGAGGAGAACAUUAAAGACCUGCCUAGGAUCAAACAGACCCAGUUUGUCCGCUUGUCCAAGACACUCUACAGUGUAUUUCAUGGUGAUGAUGAAGAGGAGUCUCUGUACCGUGCUGUGGCCCGGGUAACCAGCCUGCUGCUGCGUAUGGAAGAAGUGGGGCGCAGACUACAGGACAACAGCCCAACCAAAACACCCCAAACUACCCCCCAAACACCACCCCAAACUAACCCCGACACCCCUGCAGAUUCAGCCCCCACACCACUGACCCCAGAGCCCUCUUCAGGGGGUGACCAUUUUCCCAAAUCUCCCCAACCUGACCCUGACUUCAGCCCCUCCGACACCAGCCACACCUUACCCACAAGCCCCACCUCCACUACCACCAGCAGCCCCACGGGCACCAGCAGCUCCGCCAUCGACACACCGGCGGACACACCCGGCGAUGCCUCUGCAGCGGGGGAGGACUGGAGUUUCUCUUUCGAACAGAUUCUGGCGUCUCUGCUGAACGAGCCGGCUGUGGUCCGCUUCUUCGAGAGAACCAUUGAUGCACACACACUCAUCGAGAACGCGAGUAGGAACCAGCUCAGAGACACACACUGAAUACACAAACACACACACACACACACACACACAGGGUACUACAGCUACCUUCAGAUAGAUGAGUCAAACUAAAACAUGAAGUCACAGCAAACUACUGCCCCCCGAAAGCCAUAAAUACACACAUACACACACCCACACACACACACUGUCUGAAUAUGAGGGUAAUAAAAUGUUUAGUUGUCGAACUCCGUUACAAGUAGAACUUGUACAUAGUCUCUGUGUUACACUCAUACAUAUUCAGAUAUGCAAAAUAAAGAGUGUACACCUGUUGGGUUAAGUGUAACUGUAUGGAGCUUUAAUUAUGGGAUCCACAGUCAUGUGGGGAACAGAUUCUAGUAUACUUCCACCUAGAACCCUAGUGGAACACUAAAUUACAUAAUAGUAGGCUACUCUGUGGUCUAAUAUAGAACACAGUUUAUGAACGCAUGUAUUCCGUCUUUUAAACAGCCACAGUUUUGUGGUUGUUAUAAAAGUGUAAUAAAGCCUGACAGGUUGCUAUAGCUUUCCCAGGCUGAAGAGGAGCUUAUUUGUUGCUUGUUUUUUUUUAUUGUAGUGGAUUUGAAUUGGAUGGUUAAGAUGUUCUUGGGUGUAGUGGAACCACAUUGGUUGCGGUGGAACCUGAUUAGCUGCUACAUUUUUCCACAGAUGUAGUAGAACAUAAUUGGUUUCUAGUUAUCUUUAAAUUGUAGUGGAUUUGGAGAUGGUAUAGAUUCCCUUGGGUGUAGUGGAAUCUGAUUGGUUGCUAUAGCUUUUGUUUGGAGAGUAAUGCAACCUAAUUCAGAACUUAAGCGUUUCUGAGGUUUGCUGGAUCCUGAUUGGCUGCUAUAGUUUUCCACUUAUGUAGAAGAACAUAAUUGGCUCCUAGUUUUCUUUAAAUUGUAAUGGAUUUGGAUUAGAUGGUAGAGGGGAUUAGAUGGAUUAGAGGGGAUUAGAUGGGUGUAGUGGAACCUGAUUGGUUGCUAUAGCUUUUCUGGAGAGUAGUGAAAUCUGAUUCAGUACAUUCUUUUUGUUGGGGUAUGGUGGGUUGGUUACUCAUUUUCCCAGGGUGUAGUGGAAUGUAACCAGUUGCUCUUUUUUUCCCCCAGAGUGUAGUAAAACCUGAUUGGUUGCUUAUUUUCCAGGGGUGUAGUACAACUUGGUUGGUUGCUAUAGCUUUCCAGGGGCAAUUUGGAAUGUAGUUAAUCACUACAGAGUUGGCACAGGAAGCAUUUGAAUUUGUUCUUUGAUUUAUGCAUUUUUUGCUGCAUCUUCUUUAUGACUGAGGCCGAAGCAUGGGGUGUAUGUGUUUGAGUGAACACAGAAUCUGACCUCUUUGCUUUUCUCUGUAAUGUAACGUGUGUGUGUGUGUAGAUCAUGGCUUUGUACAUUUUAAGAUAUAUAAAGGGAAAAUGUGUUAAUAAUCGUUAUUAUUGCUGCAGUAUCUAAUGGAUAAGGGAAUAUUAAUGAGUAUCCGAAUCUCUGAGAAAUAUAAAGUGCUUCCACACACACAA